GUCUGGUCGAUGGUUCUACACGAACCCACCGUUGCCGUACACCUGGAGUCCGAUAAAACAAUCUUUGGUUAUAGAGAGAGAGAGGGGAAGACGAAGAGUUCUAGAGAGAGAAAGUGUGGAGCGAAAGAGAGGGUGGAAGAUCUGAUCCAAACCCAGGUUCAUGUGUCUUCGUCUCUCUGGGUGAAAGCUGGUGUAUUUCGAUUUCGUCCUAGAAGGUUCUACGUAAGCCCUAAAAAUUUUGGGUCACAGGGUCGAAAGGCCUGCAAGUUCUAGUUCGCGAUUCUUUCAUUUCUGUUUUGGAAAACCCUAAUAUUAGACACAAGACUGGGAUUUGAAAUUGGUUUUGGAACAAGGUGAAAAAAAAAAAAGAAUUAGGGUUUUGGAUGUAUGGCUUCCGGGCCUAUAUUAGGAGGAGAUGAUGGAGCUAGAGAGAAACAGAGGUACACAGAGAGCAAGGUGUACACGAGGAAAGCUUUUAAAGGACCGAAGAACAAAGCUAACGUCUUGAACACCGUCGCUACCAAUACUUCCACCCCCAAAACUGCUAACAACGACGACAACAAGAACAGCACGGUUAAUGAUAGUGAUGCCAAUGAGACCGAAAAGAAUGACACUAGCUUUUCGGCUCAGCCCCCAGCAGAGACUAUACUGCCGGAUGAGAAUACGGCUCAGCCAAGAUUGAAUUCAAAAUCGGAUGUAGUGUCAGAUGACUCUUCGACCUUAAAUCGUCGUCAGGACGAACCUUCAGGUCCCAAUCCUCAGCAGGACGAACCUUCAGGCCCCAAUCCUCAGCAGGACGAGCCCUCAGGCGCCAACCCUCACCACGACCACCCUUCAAGUCCCAAACCCCAGCAGGAUGGUCCCAAUCCUGAGCAGGAUACUGCUCCCGGUGCCCAGGAGUUGCCAUCAGUUAAUGGUGCUAUCAAUCCUGGAUUGGAGAAUCGUAUUAAGAUCAACUUAGGAUCAAGCUCAAAGCAAGAAAUGCAAGAGCUUAGGAGGAGACUUGAACGUGAGCUUGAUACCGUGAGAAGUUUGGUCAGGAGAAUUGAAAUGAAACAGAGGCAGUUGGGUGGCCAUGGCAAUUCAAAUUCUCUGGUGAACGAUAGAAUUGGUAAUGCUAUUGGAGCAAGACGUGUUCAGUCAGGGGUUGCAUCUGUUGGCAUUCCACGGGAAUCUGCCAGACAUUUGCACCAGUUAAGUAUAUCAGUGCUAGAGAAUUGUCAAGGUGUCAGUGAAACUGUUGAAAAGGAGAAGAGAACGCCUAAGGCAAACCAGUUAUAUAGAAAUUCAGAGUUCUUGCUAGGGAAGGAUAAGUUCCCUCCUGCAGAGAGUAAUAAGAAGUCAAAACAGAACGGAAAGAAACAGGGCGGGGGAGAAAUGGGACAUGGUUUUGGGAUGGGAUCAAAAUUUUUCAAAAGCUGUAGUUCGUUGCUUGAGAAGUUGAUGAAACACAAGCAUGGUUGGGUGUUUAAUGCUCCUGUUGACGUUGAGGGGCUUGGAUUGCAUGAUUAUUUUAGCAUCAUCACACAUCCUAUGGACUUAGGUACUGUGAAAACGAGGCUGACCAAGAAUUGGUACAAAUCGCCCAAGGAAUUUGCAGAGGAUGUGAGACUGACAUUUCGUAAUGCAAUGACAUAUAACCCACCUGGACAAGAUGUUCAUGUAAUGGCAGAGCAGCUAUCAAAGAUAUUUGAGGACAGAUGGGCUAUAAUAGAAUCAGAUUACAAUCGUGAAAUGAGAUAUGGAUUAGAUUAUGGGUCAACCCUUUCCGCGCCAUCGCCAUUAUCUAGAAGGGCUUCUACAAUACUUCCACCUCCCCUUGAUAUGAGACGGAUUUUGGAUAGGUCAGAAUCGAUGACACAACCUCCAAAAUCCAUGAGCAUUACUCCAUCAAGUAGAACCCCUGCUCCAAAGAAGCCAAAGGCAAAAGAUCCUUAUAAAAGAGACAUGACAUAUGAGGAAAAGCAAAAACUGAGCACAAACCUCCAAAGCCUGCCGACAGAGAAGCUAGAUGCAAUUGUACAGAUCAUUAAAAAGAGAAAUUCUGCACUUUCGCAGCAUGAUGAUGAAAUUGAAGUGGACAUUGAUAGUGUAGAUGCUGAGACUCUUUGGGAGCUAGAUAGAUUUGUGACCAACUUUAAGAAAAGUUUGAGUAAGAAUAAGAGAAAAGCUGAGCUUGCCAUUCAAAGAGCAGAAGCUGCCAAGAAUGCCUCACAAAUGAUGCUGGAACCUGCUGCAGUCAUGGCUCCUCAAGAAACCAUAGCUGGUGAAAGGAAUAUUUCUGCAUCAUUUCCUGCGCAAGUUGAAAAACAGGUGGAUAAUGGGAGUAGGUCAAGCAGUUCUAGCAGCUCAAGUAGUGAUUCUGGAUCUUCUUCAAGUGAUUCUGAUAGUGAAAGUUCAUCAGCAUCUGGAUCUGAUGCAGGAUCACCGAGGACCUGAAUUAAUUUUAUUCUCUAAGUUGUCAGGUAUUUAGAGUAGAUAGUUGAUGAUAUGAAGCUUCCAUGUUAUGGAUCUAAAUUUAGCAGCUGGUGUAGAGGGGAAGCAUCACAGUCAAGGCCACCAGUGAUCCUAUCCUACAAAUGCAGUAUGGGAUCUUUUUCUUCCCGUUUAUUGGGGCUGUUUGCACCAUUGCAGCUCAUGGCCGUAUUUGUUUCGACACGAACUUUUGUAUAAUAUUCAGUAGAAUGUUGUGAUAAUUGGAUAGGAUUUUAGAUAGUUUUUCUGUAGCAUGUGUACAUUGCUAACUAGUGCUACUCAUCAAGUUCCAUUGGUGACUUGUUUCUUUGGUUUUGUGGUGGCAUAUUCAGGAUUCUUGGUCUUAUACAAAGAUAUUCUGUAAUCCCAACUUCUUGAAGUCAUUAUUGGUUCACAUGAAAUCUCAUUCCAUGUUGUGGUAUCCUGAGUUAGGCAUUGGGUUGGUUCAUACUUAAUAAACCUUAGGGAGAUGCUACUUUUUGUUUCUUUCAAUCAAGCGAGUUCAUCUUU